UUUUAUGCACGCAUGAUUUCAAAACGUCACGAAAUCGUCCUGGGUUGUGUUUCCUACUGGCGCGAGGCUCGAACCAGUAACCGGAGACACUGCGGUGGGGGAUAUGAGUCUGCCUGGGGGAAGCCCGCAGCCCAGCUUUCUGCUGGCCUCACUGAAGACCGACUGUAUUAACAAGCCAUUCAUACAGAGAUGUCUGGAUCUGGUUCGAGUCAUUGAGGAUUUCCCUGCCAAGGAAUUACAUGCAAUUUUUCCAUGGCUGGUAGAGAUAAUAUUCGGCAGCUUGGAUGGCACUAUUGUUGGCUGGAAUUUGAGAUACUUCCAGGAGAGAAUAAAUCCUCAGGAGUUUCAUGCUGCUUUGGAGUUUCUUGUCCCCAGCGGAGCUAUGAUGAAACUGGUUUAUAAGCUACAGGCUGAGGAAUACAGAUAUGACUUUCCUGUCUCUUAUCUUCCAGGUCCAGUCCGUGCAUCCAUCCAUGAACGUGUGUUGCCCGAAUGUCCACUUUACCACAACAAAAUUCAGUUUCCUUCUUCGGGUGGACUUGGUCUUAAUUUGGCUCUAAAUACCUUUGAGUAUUUUAUGUUCCACUUUGCCAUUUGUCUUCUCACACAAAGGAAUUAUCCUCAGGGGCUUCACUUCAGCACAUCGGACAGCGCCUACUUCAUCCUAGUGGACAAGUACUUGAAGUGGUUUCUUCCCAUUGAAGGAAAUGUCCCUCCUCCUCACUCGUCCAACCCUGGAGAGGCUGUGCCCUCCCCCGCACCCAGGUCUCCAACAAUGUUCACUUCUUAUGGUUCCCACUCUACCCUGUUGAAGAGACAUAUUUCCCAUCAGCAUUUGGUCAAUGUGGACCCUGCUGCGCAGGAAAUUUGGAGGUCUGAAACAUUAUUACAAGUCUUUGUUGAAAUGUGGCUUCACCAUUACUCCCUAGAGAUGUACCACAAGAUGCAGUCUCCUCAUGCUACGUUGGAAGCCCUCCACUACAGACUCAAUGUGUCCAGCUCUCAGCACAUUUGUCCUGCUCUGCCCGGCUCUCUCCAUUCAUACCAAGAGUCCUUUCAGCCUACAGAAGAGCAUGUUCUCGUAGUCAGACUCCUAGUGAAGCAUCUACACACUUUUGCCAACAGUUUGAGACCUGAACAGUCGUCUCCCUCUGCUCAUUCCCACACAGCCAGCCCUCUGGAGGAGCUAAAGAGAGUCGUUAUUCCACGAUUUGUUCAACAGAAGCUGUAUAUAUUUCUUCAGCACUGUUUUGGCCACUGGCCUCUUGAUGCCUCUUUUAGAGCGGUUCUGGAAAUGUGGUUGAGCUAUGUGCAGCCCUGGCGAUACAUGCCUGAAAGAUCAACCCCUGCCAUUAGUGACCAGAAUCGCAGUGUUCCUGAAAAAUGGGCACCCUUCGUACAGGAGAACCUACUCAUAUACACCAAACUCUUCCUUCGUUUCUUAAACCGGGCCCUGCGCACAGACCUUGUUAGUCCCAAGAAUGCUCUGAUGGUCUUCAGGGUAGCGAAGGUAUUUUCACAGCCCAUCCUGCCAGAGAUGAUCCAAAAAGGAGAACAGCUGUUCUUGGAGCCAGACCAUGUUAUACCACAUAGGCAACACCGGCUUCUUAUGUCACCAAGUCUUGGUGGUAGCUUCCUUUCCUCCUGGCAAACACAAAUCACAGAUGCUUCCUUCAAAGUUAAAAGUCAUGUUUACAGUCUGGAGGGACAGGACUGCCAGUAUGUUCAGAUGUUUGGUAGCGAAGCACGAAAUCUGGUUCUUCGGCUUGCCCAGAUGAUAGCACAAGCCAAGCAGACAGCCAAAUCAAUUUCUGACUACUCACCAGAUUCCUCUGGCAGCCAGUCAUUCCUUUCCUGGUUUGGAUUAAAUUCCCCUGAUCUGAAUGGUAGCUAUACAGGGAAUGAUCUUGAUGAGGUUGGACAAGAUAGCAUCAGGAAGACAGAUGAAUACUUGGAGAGGGCACUUAACUACUUGUGUCUGAUUUUCAGGCUAAAUGUUUCCCAACUUGGUCAGCUCACCGUGAACUUUGGAAGUUCACAGGAUGAAAAUGGGAGGAAUCAUUUGCCAGACUGUGAAGUUAGUGAUGAUGGACUUGUACUGACAUCCUUAGGCAGAUACCAGAUUAUUAAUGGAUUGCGUAGAUUCGACAUAGAGUACCGAGGUGACCCUGAUCUCCAGCCAAUCCGCAGCUAUGAAAAUGCAACUCUUGUGAGAUUUCUUUACCGCCUCUCCAAUGCACUGAAUGAGAGGUUUGCAGAUCAAAUGGGUGCCUUGUGCUCAAGAGAGGAUUUCCUUGGCAAGUUUUCCCGUUACCAUCUGAUCAGUUCUCCCCCUAAACGUAGAAGUCCCGUUGCAUCACAACAUUCUUUUGAACCUCCAACUCCUCGCAUUCGCCUACGAUUUUUAGCCAGCUAUCGUUUUAUCCUCUACUUGCUGAUGAUCUACGUCUUUUGUUUUCUGUUCUCUUUCGGAACCUUGAGUUCCACGCUCUGCCUUGUGAUUAUGUAUUUCGUUUACGCGUCUAUCCUGACGCUUCUUGCUGAAAGACGAAAACCUCAUCAGAACUGAUUUAAUUUUUUUUUUAUUAUUUGAAUCCAGUCUGUAUUUUAAUAUGAAAUAACCUCCUGGCUAAUAUUUUUGAUUAAACACUUCCAGGUAUAUGAAA